GUCAACUGCAGGAGCUAUCCGUGCUGAAUUUGGGAAGUAAUUUCUGGACGCUGCAAACAUGAUUGCCACCACACAACAGAACAUGACAACGGAGCUGGAUUUGGGCAGCACGGGAGGACCACCUCGGAAUUGGAAGGGAAUUGGAAUCGCCUUGGUGGUUAUACUGGGGGUCAUGUCCCUGGUCACCCUCUCCGUUAUUCUGCUCACCCCUGACGAAUCUCAUCUCCUGCUGCUGUCUCGUAUCACUUUGGAGAACCUGGAGAGUGAGGAUUUCAAAGUUUACGACCCAUGUGCGACAUGGUUAAAUGAGAAUGAGGUAUCAUUAUGCACUCGGGAGGGUCACGUUCUAAUCCAUGAUCUUAGCACCAAUCUAACCACCACACUGCUGGACAACAGCACCAUGGAUCUGAACUCCAUGAGGUUCCAGGUUUCUGCUGAUAAGAAGUUCAUCCUGAUGGCCUACGAUAUACGUCCUGUAUUCUCACUGUCCUUCACUGCAUCCUUUGCAAUCUACACUGUGGCCAGCGGGGAGAUAAUGGACCUCACACCAUCAGAGGAGGAUACGUCUGUACUUCAGUAUGCAGUGUGGGGGCCUCAAGGAAACCAGCUGGUCUAUGCCAUUGAGAAUGACAUCUACUACAAGUCUGAUGUGUCCAGUAAAGCGAUGCGUCUGACGACCACAGGCAGAAUCAGAUUGGUGGUUAAUGGGCUGUCUGAUUGGACCUAUGAGGAGGAGGUACUUCUAAAAUAUCCUGCCUUGUGGUGGGCCAAGGACGGUGCCCGUCUGGCAUAUUUGUCCAUUAACAACUCAGCCACGCCUAUUAUGGAGUUACCUCAGUUCCUGGGUGGGAUUUAUCCUUCUUAUGUCCUCUACCCAUACCCCAAGGCGGGUUUCAGAAUCCCAUCAGCCAGUCUGUUUGUGGUGAAUUUGUACGGUCCAGCACACACAUUAGAGAUGAUUCCACCCGACUCCCUGAAAAGCAGAGAUAGUUAUAUCUCAAUGGUGAGUUGGAUCAGCAGUACACGUCUAGCUGUGCGUUGGUUGAACCGGGUCCAGAAUCAGUCUGUGCUGUGCGUGUGUGAAGCCACAACGGGUGCCUGCUCAGAGAGGCACCAAGCGACGAUGAACUUUUGGCACAGCAAUCAGCGGCAGGAGGAGCCGUUGUUCAUGGCAGAUGGCUCCCUGUUUUACCUCAUCCUGCCUGCCAAGCAAGGGGCCCGUGGGGAGUUCCUCCACAUCGCCAGUUUUCCUGCUCAGGCUUCGAAUCCCUCUGUUACUCCUCGGUUUCUAACAUCAGGGAACUGGGAUGUAACCUCAUUGUGCGCCCUUGACGAGGACAAUGAUAAAAUUUAUUUUCUGAGCACAGAGGAGUCACGACAGAGCAGGCACUUAUACAGCGUGGAGCUCGGAGGAGUGUUUCAUCGCCAAUGUUUGACAUGCAAUCUGUUUGAGCGAUGCACCUUCUACACAGCAGACUUCAGCCCCAAUCAGACAUACUUCACCCUCUACUGCCUGGGUCCAGGUGUCCCAAAGGUGACCAUUCACAGCACAAAUGAUCCUUCUAGAUAUACAGUGGUGGAGGACAACAGCCUCCUUGUGAUGUCUCUUGAAACCAAGUGGCUUCCUGAGACAAUUUUCCAGACCCUUUCCUCUGACAACAAUGACCUAAAUGUGAAGAUGUCCUUGCCUCCUGGGUACGAGGGAAACCUGCACCCUCUCCUUAUUAUCAUAGAUGAUAUUCCUGGCAGGCUGUCAGCCACUGAGGAGUUUGCCCUGGGCUGGCCGGAGGUUUUGUCUAGCCUGCACGGAGUGGCACUGGCCUGGAUAGACAGCAGAAGCAGGGUCCCACUGGGACAAAAAAGUAGCACCCUGGACCCUCGCAAGCUGGCUUCCCUCCGCAUUAAAGACCAGCUUGAAGUUGUAGAAUGGCUAAUGCAGUUGCCAUACAUUGAUGGGAGAAGAAUUGCUGUUUAUGGAAAGGGAUUUGGUGGUUAUCUAAGUUUGAAGAUGUUGACAACAACUGAUCAGAUGUUCAAGUGUGCUGCUAUCAUGGCUCCUAUCACAGACUUCAAGCUCUACAAUGCUGCCUUCUCUGAGAGAUAUCUAGGUCUCCCUGCUAAAGAGGAACAUUCCUACAUGACUGCAUCUUUGUUAGAUGAUAUCCAGAAACUAAAAGACGCCAACUUCCUCCUUUUGCAUGGGACUGCAGAUGCCCGAGUUCAUUUCCAACAUAGCGCCGAACUGUUGAGUCGUCUGGUGAAGGUGGAGGCCAACUACACCUUUCAGCUUUACCCAGACGAAGGCCACACCUUGAGAGAAGAGCAGAGCAUCCAACACUUGCACCGUAUCCUCCUAAACUACCUCCACAACUGUCUCAAACAUGACCCCUUCCUCAUAGCAGAGGAGGAAGAGGAGGAGGAGGAAGAGUGAUUUAUUCUACUGUGUCCGCUUUCGUUCCUCAAUAGAGCCCAUCUAUUUAUAAAUACUGGUGUUGAAAUUCAAUCUGUGUUAUUUCACCAGAGGAAAAAGGAGCAAAAUUGGGACUAAGAGGACCAA